UGGAUUGCCAAUGGCCAAUUCCGCAAUGUCCGCCUCCUCCGCUUCCGUGGCGCAGCAACCACGCCGCCGGUGACGCGUCACUCCAUUCCGCUGUGAAAGAUGGCUGCGGUGGAGCGGGCUCAGGUCAGGGAAGGUUUCCGGAUAGUUGUUCUUUGCGUUUGCUGGUACACGGUCAGUUCGGGCGGAAACGUCAUCAACAAGAUAAUCCUCAAUGGAUUCCCCUACCCGGUCACGGUGUCUCUCUUUCACAUCUUUUCCAUUGUAAUCUUCCUGCCGCCGUUGUUGCGGGCAUGGGGAGUCCCCAAAACAGAACUGCCCAAGCGGUACUACUGGUGGACCAUUCUGCCUUUAGCUUUCGGGAAAUACUUCGCAUCCGUGUCGGCUCACUUCAGUAUAUGGAAGGUUCCUGUUUCGUACGCGCACACUGUCAAAGCCACCAUGCCAAUUUGGGUUGUGCUCCUGUCAAGAAUCAUUAUGAGGGAAAAGCAAACCACCAAGGUGUACGUAUCUCUGAUCCCCAUUAUUGGCGGCGUGCUGCUGGCAACAGUGACCGAGUUGUCCUUCGACGUAUCGGGCCUGAUCAGCGCUCUGGCUGCCACGCUCUGCUUCUCUCUGCAGAAUAUCUUCUCCAAAAAGGUGUUACGCGAUACACGAAUCCACCACCUGCGGCUUCUCAACAUCCUGGGCUUUAAUGCCGUGAUCUUCAUGCUGCCCACCUGGGUGCUGGUUGACCUCUCCGUCUUUCUCGUCAAUGACGAUCUGUGGGACAUGACGGGAUGGAGCGGAACCAUCCUUCUGCUGCUCCUCAGCGGCUUCUGCAACUUUGCUCAGAACGUCAUCGCCUUCAGCGUGCUCAAUCUGGUCAGCCCGCUCAGCUACGCGGUGGCCAACGCAACCAAGAGGAUCAUGGUGAUCAGCAUCUCGCUCUUCAUGCUGCGCAACCCCGUCUCGUUCAUCAACUUGCUGGGCAUGAUGACGGCAAUAGUCGGAGUUUUCCUCUACAACAAGGCCAAGUACGACGCCAACCAAGAGAAGAAACUCCUGCCGAGCAGCAAACAGGACCUGAUGUCCUUUGACAACCCGGUGUUCCAAAAGCAUCAGGCCAACGGGUCAGUGCCUUCCUCCCACUCUCCACAGCAACACGAUUGGAACCACGUGCUGACCGACCACUUCCAGUACAGUCGCCAAACCUACACGACAAACUCCGACAGUAACCACCAGUAUGUGGUGUAAAAAAAGAAAAAUGGCGGGAGGGAGGCUGCUUUGCGUUGGAUGGCUCUCCUGGACAUUUAGUGUGCGCGUGUAGUCGCCAUCCCAGCAGCAGCAGCAGUUCUUCUCCGGUCCGCUGCACACACAAGACGACGUCGCACACAGGAAAAAUGGCCCAGCGACAUGACCUCUCCCAUGCUCCUCCAUCUCCAAACCUCGCUGUGUUUUCCAGUCUGUUACUUUGGUCCUGACUGUUUGAGCGGCUGGGCACACGCACGCCAGCGCUCAUAUCGGAUAUUUUCAGACACAUCCACAACAUCAAUAGUUUAUUUUCUAAAAGGAGCGAUAUCAUUUCAGACUUCUGACAUCGUGGAAAUCUUCAAUAGUUUAGAUGUUUCGAUUUCUGCUGGCUUGGGAAGAGGAGGGAGAAACUGGUGAAAGACAAUUGUCUUCACAUUUUGAAAAGUUUGGUGCCCAUGUAAAAAAAAAAGAUAAAUGCGCAUCAAACUUAGUCUACCCACGCUCAAAGCAAUCACAUAGUAUCGGACUUUGGUUAGAAUCAAGUGCGAGACGAGUUCUUAAACCCAAGAACGGUUAGUGACCACCCCUCACCUUUUCCCACAAUGCGACAUAAAUAUUAGACAUGAUUGGGAAAAAAAAAAAGGGAUUUAGUCUACAAAACAAAGCUUCCUUGUGAAAUAUGGCAACGUCUGCAAACAAGGAUGUUCUUUGUUCCAUCUUUCCGAGGAAGGCCAUCGCUGUGUUAAACGUCAGGUCCAAUUAGGAAAAAGAAUGAAUCACUCUUAUCAAGGGAGUCAUUUUUCAUGGUGGCCAUUGAUAUUUAUUCAUCAUCAGUGCUUUUCAGGCCGGGGGGAAAAAUCUCCUCUGUCCUGACAGGCAAUGUCAGCCUGAACCAAAGUUGCUUUUGUCAUUUUUUUUUUAAAAGUAUCUAUUUUGCACAAAUUGAAAGAACAAAAGCUUGGGUGAAAGGCGAAAUGUCCAUCUUUAAUAGUCACUGGAUAGACCUGUAAAGGACUCGGCGGUUUGGUUUGUGCAAUAAACAUUGGAACCGCCAACCCGGAUGGACGGACGGACGAGAUUAUGCUCCAGUACAGUGUCCCUAAAUCCAGUGCUCCAUCAUGGAGUUGUUUGAAAUUCACACUGAGCAUUUUAACGCCGCCGUGUCAGGUGUGCUCCAACUUUUUCUACUGUGUAUUGUCUAAUGCAAAUGUCUCAACUUUUGAUUUUUUUUUCUUCUGCGUGCACAUUCAUGUAGCCUAUGAGGAAAUAUAUUUUUCUCCAAGGAGAUCAAAUUUUUGUUAAUGGUAUGGCACCGUUCACAUUAUUAGCUUAAAAAUAUGAUCGGCUGUAGUCCUUAUCUGUUUACUACUGCCUGCUGCAAAACCUUUAACAAUGCACUCAAAAUAUUUUUUUUUAAUAUUAAGUACGAUUUGCAUUUCGUCUCCUGAUUUCCGUGGAUUUGCUUUUCCUCAUUGAAAAUGAGAAUUCUUUUUCUCAUCUGACUGAGCAUAUCGGCAAAGAACCAGGCUGCUUUAAAAGCAUCAUUUGGAAGUGAGAAAAUGUGCAAGGGAAUAAAUAAAACUUUACAUUAAACUAAGUGUCACUGUGUGGAGACACCCUGGUUGUACCCGACUCCAAACGACAACCAUAAAAUGUAAACAGUGCAGGAUAAAAUUGGCAGAAUGUUUUGAUUUUAAAUGGAGCUUUAUAAACAAAAGAGCAAGUCAACAGACCUUAACUGCUUCUUGCAAGUAAGCAACUUGGAACUUGUAUAUUUUUAUGUAACAACCCCCAAAUAACCUGGAGCCGAGCCAAUAAUGUGAGGACACUGCUAAAUUGAAAAUGUCUGGUUGAAUGCUCGUGUUCGUAAUUCUCAUAGAUGACUUUAAUUUUGAUUUAACUUGGAUUUAGUUUUUUGAUCAUGUUGUUAAAAGCAAAGGGCCACAGGACAGAGGCCUUACCUUGGUGAAGUUCAUCCUCUAAUGUUUAUUAAGAAUUUUGCGAAGGCUAUUUGGAUAUCAUUGUCGAAUUUUCAUAGAACGCAGGUUGCUCACUGGGAUGUACAGUACGUGUUAAUAAGGGGUUGGUGUCUUUGUAAACUUGUAUGAAUAUUAUUUUUGUGUGAGUUUCUACUCAGCUAACGUUUCUAGAUUUUUAUUUAUGGUUGUCAUGGUACAAAAUGUUUUAGAGCGGUGCAGCUUUGAGCAGUUGUCUCUGCUUCUGAUUGAAAAAAAUGCUAUUUUUAAAUGUUCAACAAAAUAAAUAGAAUACUGGAUCAAA